GAGGUGCGGGUGCCUCGGCUGCGCGCAUGCGCACUCCCUCCGGGCACAGCAUGGUCUUCCCCCACUCUCUUGCCCUAUGUGGUACACGCUGCUUCCGCUUGCGCCGCCCCCUCCCAAUUGGUUUCCGCGCGCGCGAAAAAGCCGGGGUCUCGUUCAGAGCUGUCCUGUCGUCUGCAACCUGCAAGAUGCCAGCACGAACAGCUCCAGCCCGAGUGCCUGCGCUUGCCUCCCCGGCAGGCUCGCUCCCCGACCAUGUCCGCAGGCGGCUCAAAGACUUGGAAAGAGAUGGCUUAACAGAGAAGGAGUGUGUGAAGGAGAAAUUAAACUUACUGCAUGAAUUCCUGCAAACAGAAAUAAAGAGCCAGUUGUGUGACUUGGAAACCAAAUUACAUAAAGAGGAAUUGUCUGAGGAAGGCUACCUGGCUAAAGUCAAGUCCCUCUUAAAUAAGGAUUUGUCCUUGAAGAACGGAACACUCUCUCUCACUCCAAAAGCCAACGGUUGUCCGGCCAACGGGAGCCGGCCGACCUGGAGAGCAAAAAUGGCAGACUCGAACAAAUCCCCAAGAUCCAGGCCCAAGCCUCGGGGACCCAGGAGAAGCAAGUCGGACAGUGACGCCCUUUCAGUUGAAACUUCAUCUAGUUCCGUGGCUACAAGGAGAACCACCAGGCAGACCACCAUCACGGCUCACUUCACGAAGGGCCCCACUAAACGGAAGCCCAAGGAAGAGUCUGAAGAGAGAAACUCGGAUGAAUCUGUUGCAGAGGAAAGAGACCAGGAUAAGAAGCGCAGAGUUGCAGACACAGAGAGUGGUGCUGGAGUUGCUGUGGAGAAACUGGAAGGAGUAACACCGGGAGCCCAACUGGGUCCGGAAGAGCCGUGUGAACAGGAAGAUGACAGGAGUCUUCGAGGUCACACCAGAGAGCUAUCGUCGAGGCAGAAAUCAAAGGAGGAACUAGACGGAGAAGCAAGACCAGGAACGCACUUGGACGAGGAUGAUGACGACAAAAAGGAUAAAAGAAGUUCCAGGCCCAGAAGCCAGCCCAGAGAUCUAACUGCCAAACGGAGACCUAAGGAAGCAGGGCCAGAGCAGGCAGCUCCAGAGACUCCCGAGGACAGAGACGAGGAUGAAAGGGAGGAGAAGAGACGAAAAACGACACGUAAAAAAUCGGAGUCACUCACCGUUCCCGUACAGAGCAGAUCAGAGAGAAAAGCCGCUCAAAGCAAAAGUGUGAUCCCGAAGGUCAACCCGCCAAAGUGCCCCGAGUGUGGCCAGCACCUAGACGACCCUAAUCUGAAGUACCAGCAGCACCCUGAGGACGCUGUGGAUGAACCCCAGAUGCUGACCAGUGAGAAACUGUCCAUCUACGACUCCACCUCGACUUGGUUUGAAAACUAUGAUUCUUCUCCCAUGCAUCGGUUCACUUCCUUCAGUGUGUACUGCAGUCGAGGGCACCUCUGUCCUGUAGACACCGGUCUUAUUGAGAAGAACGUUGAACUCUAUUUUUCUGGUUGUGCCAAAGCAAUUCAUGACGAAAAUCCAUCUAUGGAAGGUGGUAUUAAUGGCAAAAACCUCGGGCCAAUCAAUCAGUGGUGGCUCAGUGGCUUUGAUGGUGGCGAGAAGGUGCUCAUUGGCUUCUCCACUGCAUUUGCUGAAUACAUUUUGAUGGAGCCCAGCAAAGAGUAUGCGCCAAUAUUUGGGCUGAUGCAGGAGAAAAUUUACAUCAGCAAGAUUGUGGUUGAGUUCCUGCAAAACAAUCCUGAAGCUGUCUAUGAAGACCUGAUCAAUAAGAUUGAGACCACUGUUCCUCCUUCUACCAUUAAUGUGAACCGGUUCACAGAGGACUCCCUCCUACGCCACGCCCAGUUUGUGGUGAGCCAGGUAGAGAGUUACGACGAAGCCAAGGACGAUGAUGAGACCCCCAUCUUCUUGUCUCCCUGUAUGAGAGCCCUGAUCCAUUUGGCUGGUGUCUCCCUGGGACAGAGGCGAGCAACAAGGCGCGUCAUGGGUUCUACCAAGGAGAAGGACAAAGCGCCCACCAAAGCCACCACCACCAAGCUGGUCUAUCAGAUCUUUGACACUUUCUUCUCGGAGCAGAUUGAGAAGUAUGACAAGGAGGACAAGGAGAAUGCCAUGAAGCGCCGCCGGUGUGGUGUCUGUGAGGUCUGUCAGCAGCCUGAGUGUGGGAAGUGCAAGGCGUGCAAAGAUAUGGUGAAGUUUGGUGGCACCGGACGGAGUAAGCAGGCUUGCCUCAAGAGGAGGUGUCCUAACUUGGCCGUGAAGGAGGCGGACGACGAUGAAGAGGCUGAUGAUGAUGUGUCUGAGAUGCCGUCACCGAAAAAGUUGAAUCAAGGGAAGAAGAAGAAGCAGAAUAAGGAUCGCAUCUCCUGGCUUGGGCAGCCUAUGAAGAUUGAAGAGAAUAGAACUUACUAUCAGAAGGUGAGCAUCGACGAGGAGACGCUAGAGGUGGGCGACUGCGUCUCCGUCAUUCCAGAUGAUUCCUCCAAACCACUAUAUCUAGCCAGGGUCACAGCUCUGUGGGAAGACAAGAAUGGGCAGAUGAUGUUCCACGCACACUGGUUCUGCGCUGGGACAGACACAGUCCUCGGAGCCACCUCCGACCCCCUGGAGCUGUUCCUGGUGGGCGAGUGCGAAAACAUGCAGCUCUCCUACAUCCACAGCAAGGUCAAGGUCAUCUACAAAGCCCCUUCUGACAACUGGGCCAUGGAGGGAGGCACGGACCCUGAGACCACGCUGCCCGGGGCUGAGGAUGGCAAGACUUACUUCUUCCAGCUCUGGUACAACCAGGAGUACGCAAGGUUUGAGUCCCCACCCAAGACCCAGCCGACCGAGGACAACAAGCACAAGUUCUGCCUGUCUUGUAUCCGGCUGGCUGAGCUGAGACAAAAAGAAAUGCCCAAGGUCCUGGAACAAGUUGAGGAGGUGGAUGGCCGGGUCUACUGCAGUUCCAUCACCAAGAAUGGUGUCGUCUAUCGACUGGGUGACAGUGUGUACCUUCCUCCCGAGGCCUUUACUUUCAACAUCAAAGUGGCCAGCCCCGUGAAACGCCCAAAGAAGGAUCCCGUAAACGAGACCCUGUACCCUGAGCACUACCGCAAGUAUUCUGACUACAUCAAGGGGAGCAACCUGGAUGCUCCAGAGCCCUAUCGCAUCGGUCGGAUAAAAGAGAUCCAUUGUGGCAAGAAGAAAGGCAAGGUCAACGAGGCAGACAUCAAGAUCAGGCUCAACAAGUUCUACAGGCCUGAGAAUACACACAAGUCCACCCAGGCAUCCCACCAUGCCGACAUCAACAUGCUUUACUGGAGCGACGAGGAAGCUGUGGUGAACUUCAGCGACGUGCAAGGCCGCUGUACCGUGGAGUAUGGGGAAGACCUACUUGAGAGCAUCCAGGAUUAUUCACAGGGCGGCCCCGACCGCUUCUACUUCCUCGAGGCCUACAAUUCAAAGACCAAAAACUUUGAAGACCCACCAAACCACGCUCGCAGUCCUGGGAACAAAGGGAAAGGGAAGGGGAAAGGGAAAGGGAAGGGGAAGCAUCAGGUAUCGGAGCCCAGAGAGCCUGAGGCAGCCAUCAAACUGCCCAAGCUUCGGACCCUGGAUGUCUUUUCCGGCUGUGGAGGGUUAUCGGAGGGAUUCCACCAAGCAGGCAUCUCCGAGACGCUGUGGGCCAUCGAGAUGUGGGACCCGGCAGCCCAGGCAUUUCGGCUGAACAACCCCGGCAGCACAGUGUUCACAGAGGACUGCAACGUGCUUCUUAAGCUAGUCAUGGCUGGUGAGGUGACCAACUCACUGGGCCAAAGGCUGCCUCAGAAGGGCGAUGUGGAGAUGCUGUGUGGUGGGCCACCCUGCCAGGGCUUCAGUGGCAUGAACCGCUUCAACUCCCGAACUUACUCCAAGUUCAAAAACUCCCUAGUGGUCUCCUUCCUCAGCUAUUGUGACUACUACCGGCCUCGGUUCUUCCUCCUGGAGAAUGUCAGGAACUUCGUGUCCUACAGACGCUCCAUGGUGCUGAAGCUCACACUGCGCUGCCUGGUCCGCAUGGGCUACCAGUGCACCUUCGGUGUGCUCCAGGCUGGACAGUACGGUGUGGCCCAGACACGAAGGAGGGCCAUCAUCUUGGCCGCAGCCCCAGGAGAGAAGCUGCCUCUGUUCCCAGAACCUCUGCAUGUGUUUGCGCCCCGUGCCUGCCAGCUGAGCGUUGUGGUGGAUGACAAGAAGUUUGUUAGCAACAUUACGAGGCUGAGCUCGGGGCCCUUCCGAACCAUCACCGUGCGAGAUACCAUGUCUGACCUCCCUGAGAUCCAGAACGGAGCCUCGUCUUCUGAGAUCGCCUACAAUGGAGAGCCACAGUCCUGGUUCCAGAGGCAGCUGCGAGGCUCACACUAUCAGCCGAUCCUCAGGGACCACAUCUGCAAGGACAUGAGCCCACUGGUGGCUGCCCGCAUGCGGCACAUCCCGCUGUUCCCAGGAUCAGAUUGGCGUGACCUGCCCAACAUUCAGGUGCGGCUGAGAGAUGGCGUCAUAGCCCAUAAGCUACAGUACACCUUCCAUGAUAUAAAAAAUGGCUACAGCAGCACCGGUGCCCUGCGUGGAGUCUGUUCCUGUGCAGAAGGCAAGGCCUGCGACCCUGAGUCCAGACAAUUCAGCACCCUCAUCCCCUGGUGCCUGCCGCACACUGGGAACCGGCACAACCACUGGGCUGGCCUCUAUGGGCGUCUGGAGUGGGAUGGCUUCUUCAGCACCACUGUCACCAACCCUGAGCCCAUGGGCAAGCAGGGUCGGGUGCUCCACCCGGAGCAGCACCGGGUCGUGAGCGUUCGGGAAUGUGCCCGUUCCCAGGGCUUUCCAGAUACCUACCGGUUCUUCGGCAACAUCCUGGACAGACACCGGCAGGUGGGUAAUGCUGUGCCACCACCCCUGGCCAAAGCCAUUGGCCUGGAGAUUAAGCUCUGCCUGCUGUCCAGCGCUCGGGAGAGUGCGUCAGCUGCAGUUAAAGCAAAAGAGGAGGCUGCUACCAAGGACUAGAGCUCUCACCGGAGCCCCAUGUGCACUGAUGUUUUUAACCCUUUGAGCCCCAUCAUUUGAAGUCUUGUGCUCAGUGUCUGUGGCCAUGGCUGACACUAAGCUGAUUGUAUGAUUUGUUUUGUGACCAAGCUGUGUAGUACUUUGUGCAUUCUGAAUUUUAAGGUUUUUUUUGUUUUGUGUUUUGUCUUUUUUUUUGUUUUUUUGGUUUUUGUUUUUUGUUUUUUUUUUGUUUUUAUCCUGUAUUCUAUCAGAUCUGCCACUGUGCAGGUGGCAAGUGAGACUUGAUGUAGUUUUAUAUGUUGUAAUAUUUCUUCAAAAUAAAGCGCUUCUGUAAAGCA